AGCAAUUGAUUGAGAGAAAGGUCUUAGAAAAGUCCUAGCUAGUCUUGUUUUCAAUUUGCUAGUGUUCACCUCCUUCUUUCUUGCUAAAAAUCUGUAAGAGAGUGAACCGUUUGUAAAGAAAGUUGUAAGAGGGGUAUUUACCCUUCUCUUUCAAGAGAUUUGCUAAUGGAAGGUAGGAGCCUCAUCGAAGAGGGGCCUCGCAAGUGGAUGUAGGUCAUUUGACCGAACCACUUUAAAAUCGGCGUAAUCUUUGGUUUGCAUUUCAUUACUGCUAUUUACAUUACUGCAAACCUUCUUACUUGCUUUAUUUCCUCAUUACCUUUGCUGCACAACUUUGCGAAUACGCUUUCAAGUUAAGUACUUCCGAGUUCGAUUUGUAUCGUACGAAAGAUUUAUCAAAACCGACGUUUUAAUCCACUGCACUAAUUCAACCCCCCCCUCUUAGUGCCGCUCCAAUCCUAACAAACGCAAGUACAUUCAAGAUUUGUUAUUAAAGAAAAACAUGCAGGAUGCAAAUGCAGUUACAACCCCCAUCUCUACUAGUGGUUCUCUCAAAUUAUCGGAUGGAAGUCCUGCUACGGAACCCACUCAAUACCACCAAGUUGUUGGCUCUUUACAAUACUUAGCUCUCACGCAUCCAGACAUCUCAUUUGCUAUCAACAAAUUAUCACAGUUUAUGCAUCAACCAUCUACUCUACACUGGUCUGCGGUCAAGAGACUUCUACGAUAUCUUAAAGGGAUCCUAAAUCAUGGACUCUUUUUUCGUAAACACUCUCCACUUUGUCUUCAUGCCUUUGCCGAUGAUUGGGCAAGUAAACUUGAUGAUAGAACAUUCACAUUAAGGUAUAUUAUUUUCCUUGGUGCUCAUCCAAUCAGUUGGAGUUCUAAGAAGCAAAAGACAGUCGCCCGGUCUACAACUGAAGCUGAAUACCGUGUCAUUGCCGCUACCACUGCAAAACUCAAUUGGAUCACAAAUCUACUCCAGGAACUCAACAUCGAUUCCACCCCUACAAUAUAUUGUGAUAACAUUGGAGCUACCUUUCUGUGCGCUAAUCCGGUAUUCCACUCCCGUAUGAAACAUAUUGCUAUCGAUUUCCACUUUGUACGCGAUCAAGUUGUCCGCCAUCAACUUCGUAUUUCUCAUGUUCAUACGGCUGAUCAAUUGGCCGACUCAUUUACGAAGCCUCUAGCUCGCCUCCUUGAUCGGAGCACCAUCUUGCGGGUUCCCUAACUGUUUGAGGAAAUCUCUCUACUCUGUUAGAGAAAUCCUCUAACCUGUUGAGGAAAAUUCUCUCUUCUAACCUGUAUAAAAGGAAGGGGGAUAUGUUAAUAACAAUCAAGCAACUUGUUUAUCUAUUUAUUUUCUAACAAAACCUAACUUGUGCAUGACAUGUUCGCCGCCGGUACCGACACAUCGUACGUAACCUUGGAAUGGGCCAUGGCGGAGCUCAUCCGGAGUCCCCGAGCGAUGCGAAAAUUACAAGACGAAGUGAGAAGAGGAAGAGGCAGCGGGGAGGGAUUGAUCAGAGAGGCGGAGGUGAGCCAGAUGGCGUAUCUGAAAGCAGUCGUGAAGGAGGUCCUCCGGCUGCACCCUCCGGCCCCGUUGCUGCUCCCGCGCGAGCUGUUGGAAGACUGCAGUAUACAAGGGUUCAGCAUCCCCAAGAAGGCGCGCGUCUUCGUGAACGCGUGGGCGAUGGGCAGAGACCCGCGGAGCUGGGAGUCGCCGGAGGAGUUCCGGCCGGAGAGGUUCGCGGACGGCGGAUUGGACUUCACGGGCAACGAUGUCCGGUACGUGCCGUUCGGAGCAGGCCGAAGGAUUUGCCCCGGUCAAAACUUCGCCGUCGCUGCUCUGGAGCUGGCGCUGGCGAACCUGGUGAGCCGCUUCGACUGGGAGCUGCCUGGUGGAUUGACGAGGGAGGAGCUGCAAAUGAACGAGGCCCCUGGAAUCGUAACACAACGACAAGGGCGGCUUCAUCUUGUUGCCAAACCAUGGGGUGCUUAGAAAAGGAAACUAGUAAAUAGUAAUAACUUGUUGUGUGCAUGCUAUGACGUAAAUGAUGCAUAUGAACUCCGAACCUGAGCAUUAUCAUAAGCCCAUCGAACGAUACCACAAUGUUCCUCAAACUGUGAUGCUUAAACACUUGUAUCUACCUUUCGGCAUUCUAAUGUUGGUGCUUCGAUAAUA